CGUAAUCUUUGUGACCCUUUUAUUUUUAUUACUUUCCUCUUUGCAGUUUUGACUCCUGAAAACUCGGAUUUUUUUCAAUGUAUGCCUGUGUCAUCAGCUGUUGACAAGAAAUCAUCAUGAGAAAUUGUUUUACGAACAUUCUUUAACGUUAUUAAUAAAAGGAAAUCCAUAAAUUCAGAUAGAAAAAUAUUUUUACUCUACGCGCUAGAUGAAAAGUGAUUAUUAGCAUUCAUCGGUUGAACGAAGAGAUAAGACCUGGGAAAGAUUUUCCAAUAACUAUCUAAACAAAUCGGCUGUUGCAUUGCAUAACAGUGUGGCGAAUAAUAAAAUGGUAGCUCGAAAAAGAGAUAAAGAGAUUUGCUUUGAUCAGCCAUUUCUAAACCACCAGAAUCAUUUUGUAAUUUCGUUCCUUAACCAAAAUCGAGAAAACGCUCAGGCUUUCUUACUAAGAUGACCACAUCUUUAUGCCUUUAAUACCACUUGAUUCCCUUCAAUGAAUCUCACUACAUUUUUCACGCAUCAAGUAAAUUGACUUGUGGGAGAACACGAUACUUGGCUUUUUAAAAGCUUAUAUUAACACGAUGUUGUAAGGGUCUUAUAGUGGCCCCGUUAGUUUCUCAUUGAAAUUCCAUGACAUAAUAAACGUUGUUAAUAAGAACAAACGUCUCGAUUCUUAGCACUUUCAAACCCUGCACAGUGAUGGGAGGAAAAGUUUUAAUUUUCAUUGUCGCUGCCGUUGUAGUGCCCACAGCUGUAUUCUCGAAGGAAACUUGUGGAGAAAAAUCCCCAAGUAAAAGGAAGAAUGUUCGCAGAAUGUUGUGGGGCGACUCCGUCCCCCCUUUUUUUGCUGGAAACAAGCGUCCAACGGGCCUUCCGAGGAUCGCUACUCGAGGAAGGGAAAUACAACAGAAGCUACCUAACGAUCCUGCUAAAACGCCUCCAUAUUUUGUAUCGUGUUUUGAUCCGGAUGAAAACACCGCUUUCUAUUCAGCGUACAAAGUUACUCCUGAGCAGGCCAAAGAUCUUGGAAAGUUUAGCCGGAACAGCAUCAAAGUUAACAGCUGGAGAACUCCAGGUGUCCCCGCCCUGGACAACGCCUACUCUACUGCAAUUACGGACACGAGUGGAAGUCCGCUAAGCCGAGGACACAUGAACCCCUUGACGCUGAAUACGUUUGACAAAAGUUUCAUGAAAGCUACAUUCACUCUUUCUAACGCAGUACCACAGUUCGAGACAUCUAACAGCGGACCAUGGCAGGCAUUUGAGACACGAAUACGUAAUUACGCAAAGAACACGUGUGGUCCUCAAGGUGGAACCUUGUAUCUUCUGACAGGAAAAUCUAACUACGGAGUCCGCAUUCAAGCCGGCAGUCCUGUCCAAGACACCACCACAGUUUUGCCUUACCGCAGGGAAAAUUUCCCUGGAAAUGCUGGAAAUGUAAAACUUGUCACUCCUCGUGCUGUGUGGACAGCAGGCUGCUGUGUGUGGGAAGAACCCGGCAAGUAUUUAGGAAAAUUGUGGCCGACGAAGAAAGUGGAAUCCUUUGCAGUCAUGAGCAAUAACAAGGAUGACGACGCCUUGUUGCAUCAGACGGAGAUGAGCGUGUCUCAGUUAGAGAGGCUUCUUAGACCACCACCCUUGGAGGGGGUAAAUUUGUUUCCAGGGAAUGAAAAUUGUCGAAGCGCUAAGAAUGAUAUAGCACUGCCUCAAUAGCAAGUCGAUACAGUUUGGACCAGUUUGCGAGCCUUUAGUUUCCCCAACCUCGAAGAACCCGUUUUAAAAAGAGCACGUGCGAUAGGACAGACUUGAAGGACAUAAAAGAGCGGUUCCUCAAGGAAUCAGUAGACACUCCAUAUUUACUAGAAUAUUUAGCCCUGUUUAUAUCGUCAUCAGGCAUGUUCCCAGGAAUUGCGUAACCCAUAAUUCCUAUUAUAUAAUGUAAUCAUCCCAUAAUUCUUAUAGUAGUUUUUUGUUUUCGAAACACAUUUUAGAAUAAAACUAGCGAUAAAAACCGGCGUUUUGAUCGCCCUGAGAUCAUCUCCAAGUUGUAGAAAAAGCGAAUACAUAUAUAAGUACAAAUUAGGGCGUGAGAAUGUCCAAC